AUGUCUACUAAAAAAAUUGUUGUCCUUCCUGGUGAUCACGUCGGUCAAGAAAUUACCGAAGAAGCCAUUAAAGUUUUAAAUGCCAUUGAAUCUGUUCGUCCAAAUGUUAAAUUUGAAUUCCAACACCACUUGAUCGGUGGUGCUGCUAUCGAUGCCACUGGUGUUCCUCUACCUGAUGAAGCUUUAGCAGCUGCUAAGAAAGCCGAUGCAGUUUUAUUAGGUGCUGUAGGUGGUCCAAAAUGGGGGACUGGUGCUGUUAGACCAGAACAAGGUCUUUUGAAGAUUCGUAAAGAAUUACAAUUAUAUGCUAAUUUAAGACCAUGCAAUUUUGCAUCUGAUUCUUUAUUAGAUCUAUCUCCAUUAAAAGCUGAAUAUGCCAGGGGCACAGAUUUCACUGUCGUUAGAGAACUGGUUGGUGGUAUUUAUUUUGGUGAAAGAAAAGAAGACGAAGGUGAUGGUGUAGCAUGGGACUCCGAAAAAUAUUCUAUUCCAGAAGUUCAAAGAAUUACAAGAAUGGCUGCUUUCUUGGCUUUACAACACAACCCUCCAUUACCAAUCUGGUCAUUAGAUAAAGCUAAUGUCCUUGCCUCCUCUAGAUUAUGGAGAAAAACUGUUGAAAAGACUAUUAAAGAAGAAUUCCCAACUUUAACAGUACAUCAUCAAUUAAUUGACUCUGCUGCAAUGAUCUUAGUUAAGAAUCCAAAUCAAUUAAAUGGUAUUAUAAUUACCUCUAACAUGUUCGGUGAUAUCAUUUCUGAUGAAGCUUCUGUGAUCCCAGGUUCAUUAGGUCUAUUACCUUCUGCCUCCUUGGCUUCUUUACCCGAUACCAACACAGCCUUUGGUCUAUAUGAACCAUGCCAUGGUUCAGCACCUGAUCUACCAAAGGGUAAAGUUAACCCAAUUGCUACUAUCCUAUCUGCCGCCAUGAUGUUGAAAUUAUCUUUGAAUUUAGUCGAAGAAGGUAAAGCGGUAGAAGAAGCCGUUAGAAAAGUUUUAGAUUCAGGUGUCAGAACUGCUGAUUUAGGUGGUAACAAUUCUACAUCCGAAGUUGGUGAUGCUAUUGCAAAAUCUAUUAAAGAAAUUUUAACUUAA